AUGGACAGCGAGGGGAGAAAAGUGGUGGUCUGUGACAAUGGGACAGGGUUUGUCAAGUGUGGCUUUGCUGGAUCCAACUUCCCCGACCACAUCUUCCCCGCCAUGGUGGGUCGACCAAUCAUACGAUCAAACACCAAAGUGGGCAACAUUGUGAUAAAGGACCUGAUGGUGGGCGAUGAGGCCAGCGAAUGCCGCUCCAUGCUGGAGGUGUCCUACCCGAUGGAGAACGGGAUGGUGCGCAGCUGGGAAGACAUGCUCCACCUGUGGGAUUACACCUUCGGCCCCGAGCGCCUGGACAUCAACCCGUCAGAAUGCAAGAUCCUCUUGACCGAGCCGCCCAUGAACCCCAUCAAGAACCGGGAGAAGAUCACGGAGGUCAUGUUUGAGAAGUACCAGUUCCACGGCAUUUAUGUGGCAAUUCAGGCUGUGCUCACUCUGUAUGCUCAGGGUUUGCUGACCGGUGUGGUCCUCGACUCAGGGGACGGUGUCACCCACAUCUGUCCAGUGUACGAGGGCUUUUCUUUACCCCACCUCACACGCAGACUGGACAUCGCAGGACGUGACAUCACACGGUACCUCAUCAAGCUCCUGCUUCUCCGCGGCUAUGCCUUCAACCACACCGCCGACUUUGAGACUGUGCGUAUGCUGAAGGAGGAGCUCUGCUAUGUGGGAUACAACAUCGAGCAGGAGCAGCGUCUGGCCCUAGAGACCACCUACCUGGUGGAGACGUUCACGCUCCCUGACGGCCGACAGGUAAAGGUGGGCGGAGAGAGGUUUGGGGCCCCUGAAGCUCUCUUCCAGCCUCAUCUCAUUAACGUGGAAGGAGCAGGAGUGGCGGAGUUGCUCUUUAACACCAUCCAGGCUGCAGACAUAGACCUCAGGCCAGACUUCUAUAAGCACAUAGUUCUGUCAGGAGGGACCACCAUGUACCCGGGACUUCCUUCCAGACUAGAGAGAGAGAUCAAGCAGCUCUACCUGGAGAGGGUGCUGGAUGGAGACACUAAGAAACUAUCGAAGUUUCCCAUCCGCAUCGAGGACCCUCCCCGUCGUAAACACAUGGUGUUCCUGGGCGGUGCGGUGCUGGCCAACAUCAUGAAGGACAAGGACUCCUUCUGGCUGAGCAGGGCGGAGUACGAGGAGAAAGGCCUGGGGGUGCUGCAGAAACUGGGAGGUGGAGUCAGAUAA